GAUGGAAAAAUGUUCAAGUCUGCCCUGCUUGCGCUUUCGACCUUAUCCUCUGCCAGGGAGAUUGUCUUCCCUCCUGUCGCCGCCGUCCAUCCCGCAGGCCAAUUCCCUCUAGGACAUCAUGAUCCUGUCGACAUCACCUCAGGAAGUCAGUUCUCAGGCUUGACGACCUUCGCGCAUCUCCCGUACGUCAAUUGUUUCGUCGACGAAGAAGCGAACACCCAGCGAUACGAUAUCGCGUUCUUAGGUGCACCAUUCGACACCGGCGUCACAGGUCGUCCAGGCGCUCGCUACGGCCCCGGAGGUAUUCGUCUAGGUUCCCGCCGACUCGGAGGCUGGAAUAUCUACACCGGCGAGAACGUGUUCGAGAGCUGGGCGAAGCUGGUCGAUUGCGGAGAUGCGCCGCUCACGUGGUUGGAUAAUACGGUUGCAUUGAAGCAGCUGGAUCAGGCGCAUAAGGUUGUCUCGUCUCGGCCUGCGAACAGUACUGAGAAGGGACGCGUGCCGCGCAUCAUCACGCUCGGUGGCGAUCAUACGACGACGCUUUCGGCGCUGCGAUCGACGCAUGAGAAAUGGGGUCCUGUGUCGGUCAUUCAUUUCGAUAGUCAUAUAGAUACCUGGGAUCCGGAGGUGCUGGGUGGCGGAGUUUCUCAUUACGCUGGCGUCAACCAUGGCACGUUUCUUCAUCUGGCCCACGAAGAGGGCCUGAUUCGCAAUACAUCUAUCCAUGUCGGCAUUCGAGCCCCCGUCAACCGUGGAAAGGCUGAUCUACGCAACGAUGUUCGCUGUGGUUUUGACAUGAUCAAAGCACGAGACUUGGAUCGACUGGGCAUUGACGGCGUGGUCGAACAGAUCAAGUCCCGGGUUGGAGACAGCCGAGUCUAUAUCUCUGUUGAUAUAGACGUGUUGGAUCCAGCUUAUGCACCAGCAACCGGGACUGCGGAACCCGGUGGUUUCACCACCCGCGAGCUUCUUUCUAUUCUGGAUGCUUUGCGAGGGCUCCCUGUUAUCGGGGGUGAUGUGGUCGAGGUUGCGCCCAUCUAUGACACCGUUGCGGAGACGACUACGCUGGGAGCGGCGGAGGUGGCCAAUUCGUUGUUGGCUUUGAUGGUAGCGACCCCUGUUUCUGCCUGAUGGAUUGGACUGCAGAUUCCUGCUGUAAGUGCAAUAAUGUAAAUAGUGACAACAGGCGGAAGUAUGCGGAGUAUCUGCUCACAGGAUGUUUCCUCUAUUUUCAAUUACCGUCGCUGCUUCAAUCCCG